AUGUCUGCUGCUCGCCCAUUUUUCAAUCAGCCAACGCGUAAAAUGCGUUCGUCGUCAUGGACAGACGCAUCGCCGGCAGAGUUUCCUCCACUGGGAGUCGGCUAUAAUAUCGCUCAUGGCUUACGAUCAUUUCACAAAGGAUCCGCAUUCUUGCCAGCGUUCGUUGUAGAAGGAUGUCACGCGCAAUUGGACGAUAUUGGUUUCGACUUUGUACAGCAGUGUAUAGCGUUCCUCGAAGAAAGAGGAAUUCGAGAACAAGGCCUCUAUCGUAAUUGUGGCGUGACGUCGAAAGUGCAAAAGCUGAUGCAACUCGGUUUGGACAAACGAAAAGCGAACGGUGACAAGUUGAACUUCAACGAUGAUGAGUGGGAAAUUAAGACGAUCAGCAGUGCGGUGAAAACAUUCCUCAGGAAUCUGCCAGAACCGUUGAUGACAUUCGAACAGCACAAUUUGUUCAUCAACGCCGCUAAAAUGGACGAUCGACGAACUCGUGUUGACCACAUUCACUACUAUGUUCAUAAAUUGCCACCAGCACACAAAUCCAUAGUGGCAGACCGUUGUGGCGAGAAUCUGAUGACAGUAGGCAAUUUGGGUGUGUGCUUUGGUCCUACGCUUUUACGGCCGAAAGAGGAGACAAUGGCUGCAAUUAUGGAUAUCAAAUUCUGCAAUGUCGUUGUCGAAGUGCUCAUAGCAAAUUGUGAACAGAUAUUUGGCACUGAACCUCCGAAAUCCAUAGGACAACCGUGCCCGCCGAAACCUGAUCAUCGCAGCAUUCAGCAGGAGUCAAGUCAUCCAGUCAUUUCGUUAAGUUGCUCCUUCAUCGUCGAAGCUUUUGCCAACCUACGGUGCUCCAAGCUCAUCGGCAACCACUCCAACGACACCGCCAUCUCAAUCCAGCCAGCGUUGCGUCUACCCGUACCCCGGCAACAGCAGCAGUUUCGUCAUCAUCACGAGCUGCCCCUCAUUGUGAAAGCUCGGAUUCGUUGA